GUACCCCGCCGGGCCGCGCCCCCGCCCCUCAUGCACCACCUCUUGGAGCAGUCGGCGGACAUGGCGACCGCGCUGCUGGCGGGCGAGAAGCUGAGGGAGCUGAUCCUGCCUGGCUCGCAGGACGACAAGGCGGGUGCGCUGGCCGCGCUGCUGCUGCAGCUCAAGCUGGAACUGCCGUUCGACCGCGUGGUCACCAUCGGCACCGUGCUGGUACCCAUCCUGCUGGUCACCCUGGUCUUCACCAAGAACUUCGCAGAGGAACCAAUUUACUGUUACACUCCGCACAACUUCACCCGUGACCAGGCGCUGUACGCCCGUGGCUACUGCUGGACAGAGCUGCGGGAUGCGCUCCCCGGCGUGGACGCCAGCCUAUGGCCGUCGUUGUUUGAGCACAAGUUCCUGCCCUACGCGCUGCUGGCCUUUGCCGCUAUCAUGUACGUGCCCGCACUGGGCUGGGAGUUUCUGGCCUCCACACGCCUCACCUCCGAGCUCAACUUCCUGCUUCAGGAGAUCGACAACUGCUACCACCGAGCAGCUGAGGGCCGCGCCCCUAAGAUUGAGAAGCAGAUCCAAUCCAAGGGGCCGGGCAUCACGGAGCGUGAGAAGAGAGAGAUCAUCGAGAACGCUGAGAAGGAGAAGAGCCCUGAACAGAAUCUGUUUGAGAAGUACCUGGAACGCCGGGGCCGCAGCAACUUCUUGGCCAAGCUAUACUUGGCACGGCACGUGCUGAUCCUGCUGCUGAGUGUGGUGCCCAUAUCCUACCUAUGCACAUACUAUGCCACCCAGAAGCAGAAUGAGUUCACUUGUGCCCUGGGUGCCUCACCUGACGGGCCGGUGGGUAGCGCUGGGCCCAUGGUGCGCGUCAACUGCAAGCUGCCAUCCGUGCAGCUGCAGCGGAUCAUUGCAGGUGUGGACAUCGUAUUGCUCUGUUUCAUGAACCUCAUCAUCCUAGUCAACCUCAUCCACCUCUUCAUCUUCCGCAAGAGCAACUUCAUCUUUGACAAACUGCACAAGGUGGGUAUCAAGACGCGCCGACAGUGGCGCCGCUCACAGUUCUGCGACAUCAACAUCUUGGCCAUGUUCUGCAACGAGAACCGUGACCAUAUCAAGUCCCUCAACAGGCUGGACUUCAUCACCAACGAGAGCGACCUCAUGUACGACAAUGUUGUGAGGCAACUUCUGGCAGCCUUGGCUCAGUCUAACCACGACACCACGCCCACUGUGCGGGACUCGGGCAUCCAGACCGUGGACCCCAGCAUCAACCCCGCGGAGCCUGAUGGCUCUGCUGAGCCUCCCGUGGUCAAGCGGCCCCGUAAGAAAAUGAAGUGGAUCCCCACCAGCAACCCGCUGCCUCAGCCCUUCAAGGAGCAGCUGGCCAUUAUGCGGGUGGAAAACAGCAAGACUGAAAAGCCCAAGCCUGUGCGCAGGAAGACAGCCACAGACACACUUAUUGCCCCGCUGCUGGACGCUGGCGCCCGGGCCGCUCACCACUACAAGGGUAGCGGAGGUGAUACAGGCCCCUCCCCUGCCCCUCCUGCUGCCUCUGAGAAAAAACAUACCCGUCACUUCUCGUUGGAUGUGCAUCCCUACAUCCUAGGGACCAAGAAGGCCAAGACUGAGGUGGUACCCCCUGCGUUACCAGCCUCCCGGAGCCAGGAAGGUGGCUUCCGGUCCCAGACAGAGGAAUGUGGGCUGGGCCUGGCUGCAGCACCCACCAAAGAUGCUCCGCUCCCCGAGAAGGAAACCCCAUUCCCCACAGAUCCUGUCCUUCCAGGGCUUCCAUCUGGGGGCUCAUUUCACGUCUGCUCACCCCCCACGGCCCCUGCCGCCGCCUCCCUGUCACCAGGCAGUCUGGGUAAGGCUGACCCCCUCACCAUCCUGAGCCGAAAUGCCACUCACCCCCUGCUCCACAUCAGCACGCUGUAUGAGGCCCGGGAAGAGGAGGAAGGAGGUCCCUGUGCGCCCUCAGACAUGGGUGACCUUCUCACCAUCCCCCCACCCCAGCAGAUCCUCAUCGCCACCUUCGAGGAGCCAAGGACAGUUGUGAGUACUGUGGAGUUUUGAUGGGGCAGGGGCCUCCCAGGCCGCAACAACUCUCUGCAUGAGCCAGGGAUGGCCCAGCUGAGCCUAGCCUCGAGCAGAUCUGAACUCUGCCCACAACCCCCAUCAGCCUCCUGUCUGCAUGCCACGGGGCCCAGCACCCCUUCCACCUGGCUCGCCAUGGCAUCCACACGUGCAGGCUGGGGCUAGAGCGCAAGGUGGGGUUAGGGUGCCCACCCCAGCAUCAGGCGUCCCCCCACAC